AUGUCUCAAAAGUCCGCCGUUCUUCUUUUUGUUAUUGUUUCUUUCAUUCCAAUUGUUGAUUCAAUUAGAUGUUAUGAUUUCACAAGUACAAAUAUGGCUAAAACCAAUAUGAAGACUUGGGUGAGUCAUUUUCCAACAGCAGCUAAUCCAAUAUUUAUUUCACACAUAUCUUUAUGUAUUUUCAAAUUUCAGAUCGAUUGUCCAAGUGAAACACAAUAUUGUUAUAAAAGUUAUCUUGAAAGUCGCGAUAUUUCCAACGAUAAAACUUUUGUUGAAGGAAGAGCCUGUGGAAGUUCGAAUUUGUGCAUUGUUCGUUUUUUUUGGAGAAGGGGAAUCUUUUUGAAUUCAUUCAAUUUCCUAAAAGCUAGGAGGUCGGAAAACGACUUUUCUAACUUGUAAAGAUAUUUGAGAAACGAAAAUUAAAUUUGGGAUUUUUUUUUUGAAAUGGAGAGAUCACACUUCAAAAUAUUUUGAAGUUUGAUGUUUUAUUUUUAAAAAUUUCGAAAAAAAAUUAGUUGAAACUAGAAAUGUGUGAUUUAAUCUAGAAUUUUACCAUUAUUAUUAAAAUCAGAAAACCAACUAGAAAAGGAGAGAAUUUCAAAUUUUAAAAGAUCAAAUUGAGAAAAUUGGAGUAGAGAAGAUAGUUAGAUUCUGCCAAUUUUUUAAAAUCUCUAAUUUUCAGCAAAAUGGAUGUGUUGGAACAAAAACCGACAAAGCUUGUUGUUGUCGCGGUGAUCUUUGCAAUUCUUCAUCGCUUUCCAAAAUCUUCGCCUCAAUCGUCACCCUCCUUGCUGUUUAUUUCUUCAAAAACUAA